UCCUCGCCUCCUCCGGGAUCCGCAGCCCGGCGCCAUGGAGCCGGCUUUGGGCAAUGAGCGCCGCAGCCCCCCUGGUUCAGCCGUCCAGCCUCCGCCCCGGGGCCACACGCCCUUGACCACAGCCCCCAGCCCGGGCCCGCUGGGUUCCCCGGCUCGUGAACCGCCCCAGCCCGAGGAGGAGCGGCAGCCGCGCAUCAGCGAGAGCGGCCAGUUCAGUGACGGGCUGGAGGACCGAGGCUUACUAGAAAGCAGCACCCGGCUGAAACCUCACGAAGCCCAGAACUACAGAAAGAAGGCUCUGUGGGUCUCCUGGUUCUCCAUUAUCGUCACUCUGGCCCUGGCCGUGGCUGCCUUCACUGUCUCCGUUAUGAGGUACAGCGCCUCUGCUUUUGGGUUUGCAUUUGAUGCCAUCCUCGAUGUCCUGUCAUCAGCGAUUGUCCUGUGGCGAUACAGCAAUGCAGCUGCCGUACACUCUGCCCAUAGGGAGUACAUAGCCUGUGUCAUCUUGGGCGUGAUAUUCCUUCUGUCAUCCAUAUGUAUAGUGGUCAAAGCCAUCCAUGACCUUUCUACGAAGCUACUCCCAGAAGUGGAUGACUUCCUGUUCAGUGUCUCCAUUUUAAGUGGGAUCCUCUGCAGCAUCCUGGCUGUGCUGAAGUUUAUGCUGGGCAAGGUUCUCACCAGCAGAGCACUCAUUACAGAUGGGUUUAACUCCCUCGUGGGCGGCGUGAUGGGCUUCUCCAUUCUCCUGAGCGCUGAGGUGUUCAAGCACAACGCCAAGGUCUGGUACCUGGAUGGCAGCAUCGGUGUGCUCAUCGGCCUCACCAUCUUUGCCUAUGGGGUCAAGCUCCUCAUCGACAUGGUGCCGAGGGUGAGGCAGACGCGUCACUACGAGAUGUUCGAGUGAGGACAGCCGUGAGCUGCACAGGUGUCCCCGCAGGCAGACGGUGCCAAUGUGUAGAACAGCACAUUGUUUCUUUUUCGGACAUUUUCUUUCCCCCCAGUUUGUCGUCAUGGCACAACACUGGCCCUUCGCUCCGCUGCCCUGACAGGCACCCCUGCAGGAAGGGACGUGCCUCCCCCUCUCUGGCCUUGCUCCCGGCGUCAGACAGCUGUUGUGGGUAAGAUCAGCUCUCCUGCGGGCAGGAAGGCAGGCUUAGGUGCUCUGGCCAGGCACACGAGGUCAAGGACCAGGUCUGCUGUCUCGGGGCAUUGUGUGGUUUGGCUGUCCUCCGCCCCGGGGCCCAGGGUGGCCACUGUCCCAGCAGGUGUGAGGGGAAGCUGUCCCCUUCUGUCCCUAUCACACACCCAGAACCAUCACAACGUCACCUCGUUUCUAUCCACGUGCUGCGUUAGUUUCAUACUGUUUCACUAAUCCUCGCCCCAAGCUGGUUUGUGCGAAAGGAGACCAUCCUGUUUUUAAAAGUACUUAGUGAUCCCCGUAUGAGCUUUGCAUGGACGAGCUAAAUAAGCACAUGAUUCCUACUCUUCCUGUACGAACAGGCCCCAUUUUUGAGAGACGUUAAGCUGUUGGUUUGUAAUAAAUAAUGACCUAUUA